CCCCCCGUGAACGGCACUGGCAUUCCGACGCAGCGCCACUUGACAUUUCCAGUAAUUAAACAACGUUAAAGCAAUUGAGGAACGUGGCUGGCCCUAUUUCGCUGUUAAAACGGGUAGUGAACACAUUGUGCGUGAGUGAAGGUACGCUAGGGGAGCUGCGCAUUCAGACAGGCUUGAGAAAGCCGCCCCUCGAUCCACGCCCCCCGCUCCCCCGAGCAACCCGGCUCGUUUCCUUCCCUCUUCCCGGAACAGGCGACGUUCAAGUUGGAGGCCGCAGCUCGUUAUCUCGAAACCCGGAAGUCGUCGUCCUGGACUGGGGAAUCCCUGCAGACCUGCGAGUCCCUGCGCGCGUUGCGCCUUUCUCGGUCAGUCGAACGACUGCGUGUAGCCGUGGGACGCGCGUGUGUUGAGCCUGCCAGCCGAUCUCGAACUUUCGCGUGUCUGCUCGGCGCUCUGCGCCUCCCGCCCAAAACCGAUCGUCUCCUGGACUUGACUGGAGGAUAUUUUAGUGCCUGCCGUCGGCCAGCUACGAUUCCCCAUACAUUUUAAUGACAUGGACGUUGGAGUGGAAUUAUAAUGUCACCGGCAAAGCGGAGGCGACUUGUCACCGCAGGUUUAUAUUUUUAAACGUACACCAGUUUUCAUCCUGCACUCUUUCUCUCUGCUCGUUGUUUUUUAAUUCCCCUUUUUUUGCUGAGGAGGUUCCAUUUUUGUCAUCGGCAACAUGGAGCAGGCGGGGUGCGUGAAUAUCUGCAACCUGACCAGCACCCUCCCUGUGAUCCCCUACCAGAAGCUCACCGAUCUGCAGUUUCUCAGCAAAGGAGGAUUUGGCACCGUUUUCAAAGCCCAGCAUUCGGACUGGAGGACCACGGUGGCCAUCAAAUGCCUUAAACUGGACUCUCCUGUUGGGGAAAGGGAAAGAAACUGCCUUUUAAAAGAAGCAGAGGUUCUCCAUAAAGCAAGAUUCAACUUUAUCAUACAGAUUUUUGGUGUCUGCAACGAGCCUGAGUUUUUCUGCAUCAUCACUGAAUACCUUAGUAAUGGAUCACUGGACCAGCUUUUACAUGAGAAAGAUAUGUACCCAUUGCUAGCCUGGCCACUAAGGCUUCGAAUUCUUUAUGAAAUUGCCCUGGGUGUCAAUUUUUUGCAUAAUAUGACACCACCAUUGUUACAUCAUGAUCUUAAGACUCAGAAUAUUCUUCUAGAUGCCGAAUUCCAUGUAAAGAUUGCAGAUUUUGGCCUUUCUAAAUGGCGCCAACUGUCUAUUAGCAAAUCAUCAGGCUCUAAGCCUCCUGAAAUGGGAGGAACAGUCAUCUAUAUGCCUCCAGAAGAAUAUGAACCCUCCAAAAGUAAGCGGGCAGAUGUAAAACAUGACAUGUACAGCUAUGCAAUAAUAAUGUGGGAGGUCCUGUCACGAAAGAUUCCUUUUGAAGAAGCAACAAACCCUAUGCAAAUCAUGUUCAGCGUUUUGAAAGGAAAUCGUCCGGAUAUCAACUUGGAGACGUUACCUUUUGAUAUCCCCAGCAGAGACAUACUAAUUGAUUUAAUGACAAGUGGAUGGGCCAAAAAUCCAGAUGACCGACCUUCAUUUAUAAAGUGUGUUAUUGAACUGGAGCCCAUGAUUAGACGAUUUGAUGAGAUUGAAGUCCUAGAAGCUGUGCUGCAAGUAAAGAAAUCUAAAUACACCAGCAGGUCAGAUUUCUCAUCAAGUUCAUCAUGUGGAAAGAGCUGCAUUCAGGAACUGAAUCCAGUGAAUCAACUGGUGAACCAAACUCCUUGGACGGAUGGUAGCUCACCAUCGAGUUCCUAUUCCUUUCCAGAAGACAACAUAUCUCAGCCUCAUUUCUUAACACUGAGUAAUGUUCCACCCAAUAAUCUGCACAUUAAAAAAGAUAAUCAAGAGUAUGUUCAUGAGUCUCAAUCAAAUAUUACAGACCCAAAAAUUAAAUCCUACAAUAUCCCUAUGCAUUCAGUUGCUCUGAAUAUUAACCCUCCGUCAAAUAUCACAAAUCGUUUACAAGACCCACCCAUGUCUCUAAUUGCCCCAAGUAUAGAGGAUAACAUGCCGAAUAUUUACCAGAGUGCCAGACCUCAUUCUGAGUUCAACAUUUGCGUCAAGCAGGCAGUACCCGAGUCUGAAUGUGAAGAGCAGCUGAGCAAAAUGACACUGCAACCUUGCAGCACAGGUUUUAUUCCACAGUAUGCACAGCAGGCCCAGCUUGGUGAGUUGUUGCAGUGGAUCCAAAUGAAGAGAGAGGAUAUCAUUUCUCAGAUGACAGAGGCCUGCACAAAUCAGUGUUUAGAUGCCCUCCUUUCCAAGGACCUGCUUAUGAGAGAGGAUUACGAGCUUAUUAAUUCCAGACCAACACGGACUGCAAAAGUGAGACAGCUCUUAGAUGUCUGUGAGAGCCAGGGUGAGGACUUUGCCAGGAUAAUUGUUCAAAAGCUCAAAGACAAUAAACAAAUGGGUCUGCAGCCCUAUCCAGAAUCCUGCUCUCCAACUUCCAACAUGUCUUUGUUGAAUAGCAUGGGCGAAAUCAGAAAGAAUUUUUAACAUUUCGACCAAGCCUGUUGCUAUGUGAAAUUCUUAAACAUGUACAACUGGAAAAAGCUCCUGCUGUCAUUCAGAAGGGGAGUUUAUCUUGAAUGUUUGACUCCAGUAACGUGAAUGGCUGUUUUACUCACAUAUCUCAAUAAUAAUAGAAAUACUUUAUUUUGUGUUGACUUUAGCAUUUUAAUCUAAAUAAAUAACUAAGCAUACUAUUA